AUGAGAUUCUUGUUUGCUUGCACAUUUGGCAUGCUCUCAUACUUACAAGCAGGGGUAAAAGAGAGUUUACGUUUACACCCUCCAGCUCCAAUGUUGCUUCCUCGAAAAGCAAGGGUAGAUGUGGAAAUAUCAGGAUACACAAUUCCAAAAGGUGCUCAAGUUUUGAUCAAUGAAUGGGCUAUUGGUAGAACAGGCAUAUGGGAGGAUGCUCAUUUGUUUUCACCAGAAAGGUUUAUAGGAUCUGAAAUUGAUGUGAAAGGUCGACACAUUAAGCUCACACCAUUUGGUAGUGGGAGACGUAUAUACAGGAUCACCAUUGGCAGUGAGGAUGUUGCAUUUGAUGUUGGGAUCAUUGAUCAACUCAUUUGA